UGCUUUAGGAAGGCCCGGUGUUGAACAGCCUUCUUCAGCGCAAUAUUCCUGUAUAAUCAUUGUCUGGUUCUGCGGGCCCGGCAAUCCAGCAGUCUGGCCCUCAUCUGCAUCUGUGCACAGGCGCUCCCGACUUCUCUCCAGAUCUCAUAGCGCUUUCUAUUUGUUAUUGUUCUACUUUUAUUACAGAACCGAACAAUGUUCCGAAUCGUUCUCCUCGCUUUUCUCUCUAUCGCAGCGAAGGCCAGCGAUGUCCUGGAAUUCACGGAUGAUGAUUUUGAAAGCAGGAUUGGAAACCACGAAUUGAUUUUGGUGGAGUUUUUUGCACCUUGGUGCGGUCACUGCAAGCGUCUGGCUCCAGAGUACGAGUCUGCUGCCACACGUCUUAAAGGGAUUGUCUCUCUGGCAAAGGUUGACUGCACAGCCAACACCAAUGUGUGUAAUAAGUUUGGUGUGAGCGGCUACCCCACCCUGAAGAUUUUCAGAGAUGGAGAGGAGUCCGGGGCGUACGAUGGACCCCGCACAGCAGAUGGGAUUGUGAGCCACCUGAAGAAGCAGGCAGGACCCACCUCUGUGGAAAUCAAGACCGCUGCCGACUUUGAGAAAUUCACCGGGGAACGAGACGCCAGCAUCGUGGGUUUCUUUGCGGACGGGGACAGCAGUGCUCAGGCAGAGUUCCUUAAGGCAGCCAGCUCCCUGCGGGACUCGUAUCGCUUCGCUCACACCAACAACGAGGACCUGCUGCAGAAGCACGGCAUCCAGGGAGAGGGAAUCAUCCUGUUCCGCCCACCACGCCUCAGCAGCAAGUUUGAGGAAAGCAGUGUGACCUUCGGCGAGGAGAAAUACACCAGCGGGAAAAUCAAGAAGUUCAUCCAGGACAACAUCUUUGGGCUCUGCCCACACAUGACGGAGGACAACAAGGACCAGAUCAAAGGCAAGGACCUGCUGGUGGCCUACUAUGAUGUGGAUUACGAGAAAAACGCCAAGGGGUCCAAUUACUGGAGAAACAGGGUGAUGAAGGUGGCCAAGACAUUUGUGGACCAGGGGAAAAAGCUGAACUUUGCUGUGGCAAACAAGAACGCCUUCAGCCAGGACCUGGCAGAGUUUGGACUGGAAACAAGCACGGGGGAGCUGCCAGUGGUUGGCAUCAAGACUGCCAAGGGAGAUAAAUACGCCAUGCAGGAGGAUUUCUCGCGUGAUGGGAAAGCACUGGAGAAAUUCCUGCAGGAUUACUUUGAUGGGAACCUCAAACGCUACCUCAAGUCUGAGCCAGUCCCUGAGAACAAUGAUGGCCCAGUAAAGGUGCUUGUUGCUGAGAACUUCGAUGAGAUUGUGAAUGACGACUCGAAGGAUGUUCUGAUCGAGUUCUAUGCCCCUUGGUGCGGACACUGCAAGAGCCUGGAGCCCAAAUAUAAUGAGCUGGGAGAGAAGCUGGCAAAUGAUCCCAACAUAGUUAUUGCCAAGAUGGACGCCACAGCCAACGAUGUUCCCUCACCAUAUGAAGUCCAGGGCUUCCCCACCAUUUUCUUCUCUCCAGCUGGAAACAAGCAAAACCCAAAGAAAUAUGAGGGAAGCCGUGAGGUGAAAGACUUCAUCCAGUACCUGAAGAAAGAGGCCUCCCAGCCCCUAGUGGUGAGCGAGGAGGAGGAGAACAAAUCCAAGAAGAAGAAGAAGAAGAAGGUUGAGUUGUAAACCACACAGCAGAGAUUAAUGUGGAAGGAAGUGGAAAGGAGUUUCUUUUUUUUAUUGUUUUUUUAAUGAAAGCAAAUCAGUAAAUAUGAGUACUGCAGAAUGACUUGACCCAGGUGAUCUGGAGGAAGGAGUCUGGGAGUGGCGCAGACUGAGUGCGGUGGGCAGAAGAAACCUGUUUCAAAGAGGCUAGGAGAACAGUGUAAUUCCAAAAUGUCAUGGCUUUUUUUUUUCCUCCCCUGUUCCUUGACUAUGCACUUCUUCUUUUGAGACCAAACUGGACUCGUAUCUGACCAUGUUUGUUUUGGUGGGAGUGGGAGGGUUGGUUUUGGGAAUUUAUUUUCUUUUGUAUCGCUGAAUGAAUGUUUUUUUGUAUUUUGUUUUUUGAACAGUUUAAACCAAUAAAGCCCCAUAAAACAAA